UCUACAACCGAGGUUUCGAACGACAACGAAGACAAACCCCUCCAACUUCCCACAAAAAAAAAUGAACGCUAAAUGUCCCGUUUCAAACAACUCAAAACUCCUCCGCCUCCUUAAACCCCAACCGGCAUACUACCUCCACAACGGUCACCUCUGCACAGAACCUGACCCCCGACCACCUCCACCGCCAGCGCAAGACGAUGAGUCUAAAAUCACCCAAGCAGUUCAACUUAUCAUCGAGACCCCACACCAAGAAUGGUCCUCCUCUCAACCCUUGCGAUCUAUCCUCUUCUCUUCUCCUUCUCCAUCUCCUAGCUUUCUCUCCAAAAUUACUUGCAGCAUUGCUUCCUAUCGUCAAGCCCUCAAUUUCUUCAAACACCUUCAACAAAACUUCCCAUUUGAAAACACCCAAUUCCUCUCUUAUCCAUUUCAAGCCCUUGUCGAACAAGCCGGUCGAGAAGUCGAAGCGGGAUCCCGGUUAUCCGAACUGUAUCAAGCUUCGAAAGAAUGGGAAAUUCCUCCAACUGUUAACACCGCCACGCUUUUUAUUCAGUAUUUUGGGAGACUCAACAUGGUGGAUAAAUCUGUUAUUGUUUUUAACGAACUCGAUCCUUCUCUUAAAAGCACGCACGUUCGCAAUGUUUUGAUUGAAGUUUUGUUAAGAGAUGGGCGUGUUGAAUACGCACUCAAUGUGCUCGAUGAAAUGCUUCAACCUUUAUCCGAGGUUCCGCCUGAUGACAUUACUGGGGAUAUUAUAUUUUAUGGGUUGGUGAAGGGAGACAGGAAAGGGACAAGCUUAAGCGUGGAAGAAAUCAUUAAGUUGGUUCUAAAAUUUGGGAAAUGUAGUGUUUUUCCAAAGACAAAUUGGCUGACCCAAUUAAUUUCUAGGUUAUGUGGGAGUGGGAAACUCAAUCAAGCUUGGGAUGUUUUGCGUGAACUGUUGAGACUGCGUGCGCCUCUUGAAACUCCUCCUUUCAAUGUACUUUUGACAGGGUUAGGGAAGAAUGGAGAUGCUAAAAGAAUGAGUACGGUUUUAGCUGUGAUGAGGGAGAGUGAUAUUCAGCCCGAUGUUGUAACUUUUGGGAUUCUUAUUAAUCAGUUAUGUAAGUUAGGUAAGGUUGAUGACGCGAUGGAGGUGUUAAAAAAUAUGGGUGAAGGAAGCGGGAGUGAUGGUGUUUCAGUUGAAGCUGAUAUUAUUAUUUUUAAUACUGUGAUCAAUGGACUUUGUAAACAAGGAAGGCAAGAAGAAGGGUUGCAUUUGAUGGAAAGGAUGAGGUCCAUGAAGGGGUUGGAACCUCAUACAGUUACUUAUAAUUGCUUGAUUGCUGGGUUUUGUAAAGUUGGAGAAAUUGAGAGAGGGAAGGCGUUGUUUGAUCAGAUGAACGAGGAGGGGGUUUCACCUAAUGUAAUCACUCUUAAUACAUUGGUGGAUGGUAUGUGCAGACAUGGGAGGAUUAAUAGUGCAGUUGAGUUCUUCAUUGAUAUGCAGGGAAAAGGACUGAAGGGCAAUGCGGUUACUUACACCACUCUAAUUAUUGCUUUCUGUAAUGUUGACAACAUCAUUGAGGCGGUUGAUCUGUUUGAUCAAAUGUUGAGAAGUGGAUGCCCUCCAGAUGCCGUUGUUUACUAUAACUUGAUCUCUGCUUUAUGCAAAGCUGGAAGGAUGGAUGAUGCUAGCAAUGUUUUGUCAAAGUUGAAGGAAGCGGGGUUCCACCCUGACAUUGUCUGCUACAAUGCUCUUCUCAGUGGGUUCUGCAACAAGAACAAGGUAGGGAAAGCUUAUGAAAUCAUCAAGGAAAUGGAGGAGGCAGGAAUGAAUCCUAAUAGUGUCUCGUAUAACACUUUGAUCGCUUAUUUUUGCAAAACUGGGGAUUUUGCACUUGCUUGUAGGGUGAUGAAACACAUGACUAAGGAAGGUCUUGUCCCUACUAUUCCCACAUAUGGAGCUCUUAUACAUGCAUACUGCUUAAAUGGAAAAAUUAAGGAAGCCUUGAAGCUUUUCAAUGACAUGAGUUCAAUAUCAAAGAUUUCACCGAACACCAUAACAUACAACAUUCUUAUAGAAUCUCUGUGCAAGAAUAAUAACGUCAAAGAUGCGCUCUCUCUGAUGGAUGAUAUGAAAGCAAAGGGGGUGAAGCCUAAUACCACCACAUACAAUGCAAUGUUUAAGGGCCUUAAAGAGAACAAUUUGUUGGAAGAUGCCUUUAGAUUGAUGGACUGUAUGAUUGAGCAUGCUUGCAAUCCAGACUAUAUAACCGUGGAGAUUCUCACUGAAUGGCUUUCUGCUGUUGGUGAAUCAGGAAAAUUAAAAAGCUUCGUACAAGGAUACAAGGGCUCGGAAGAGGUCAGAAAAUUGCUUUGUUUUUGCUGCCUACUUAUUUUUGUUCAGGCUACAAUGGCAGCAGACCUUCACCUGCAGUUGUAGUUCUAUGAGCCGCUUGACACUGCAAUUAUCCAUCGCUGGUUCGUGGCAGACUCCUCAUGGACUCGUUCUGAAACAACCAAACGGGGAGGCUUACAUACUCCCACUGCACGUUGCCGGUGCGGCUCUUAAUUUUGCAUUCUGCCAUCUACCAUUGAAAAUUUUGAGAAUAAUAGAGAUUUAUUAAUAAUUCAUUUAGAACUGGUUUGUCAGAAUUUCGCCUAUCAAACAGUUUGCUAUGCACAAUAGUUCACUAGUGAGUAGAGAGAUGAGAUCAGGAAGUCAGACUUUGAACACAGUUCUGUGUUUUGGCACCUAACUGGUUUCUCAUUCUCUCCUUUUCGGGCUAUAAUUAUGGUUUGCCCAAAUCAGGGAUCAUCACCGUGUAUUAUUCAUCUGUAAAGUUCUUUCCUACUGAAUAUUCUAUUUGAAAAACCUUAAAAAAUCAUGAACUGUUAGUCUCUUCUCUCUCAUUCCCAAAUGUAAUACAAAGUUAUCUGCAAAUUGCAACUGAGAAACCAAAGAGCACAUAAAAUUCUUUCUCUCUCUCUCUCUCUUUUUAAAAGUUUGAAUGAGAAACCGAAGACGCCCAAAACCCACUCAGUAAAUACCAUUGCCAUUAUUAUGAUCAGACGGCAGUCAGGCAUAUACCUUACUAGCAGUAACAAUACAGAUGCUGUUGCCCAUAUGU